UGGCGCUUGUACGAGCGAUUGUCAACUAGCUCUAGCGUGAAGAUGGCUACCAAAAAACAACCUGUAAUAGAAUGCACAGAUGACCAUGACAUUCUUCUGUUGCGUGAAAUGAUUGCCAGCGAAUUGUUUCAGUUCAAGAAAGGUGGCAAAAUCUGGGAGUCAAUCCAGGAAAGAUUGAACAAGCUUGAUAAUCCAAAAUUUAAGAUAAAGGAGAAGAGGGGAGUCAGAGACCGAUGGAAUCUGCUUCAGGCCAAGUUUAAAGGCACGCAACGAGAAGAGCUACAAGCCAGUGGCAUUGAUUGUGAGUUAUCUGAGAAAGAUGCCCUAAUAGAAGAGUUAUGUGAGAAAGAAGAUAGCUUUUCCGCCAAAGACAAGAAAAAGUCAGAUGAUAAAGAGGCAGCUGAAGAAAUCAGAAAGAAAGCCAUGGAACGCAUGGCCUCGAAAAAAAAAUCAAACAAAUCUGCUGGAGGCAGCGCCAAAAGGAGCCGAAGAAGCGGAGGUGAUGCGGUUGAAUUCUUGAAAGAAAAAGCUCAAAGUGAGUAUUCCAUCCGCCAACAGGAGCUAGAGAUGCAAAGAAAGGAGCAGGUAGUAAGGGCCAGACAACAAGAGCUACAGAUUGAACUGUUACGGAAGCAAACAGAGCAGCAAGUGCAGAUUUCACAGGCAUUGAUGACCAUGAUGCAAAAUCUGGUUAAGAAGUAA